UAGGGCGCACACCUCUCAGACUACUUUAUUUAUUUGGCAUGAUUUUGGUUCAAGCCGGGCACUCGACCAAACUGAACUAAGUCCUGUGGGAAUCGAACGUUUCAGGUCUUCACUUCCAGUCUUAAAGCGUGGUGGAUUCACAACCUCAGAAGCGAAAAUGGGCUUACUUCGCAUGUUGUGUACAGUGUUUGCAGACAUCUAUUGGUUUCCAUGGAUUAUCACAGAUCUUAAGAAUAUGUUUUAUCGCUAUUGGCAAGGAAAACUUCCCAAGUCAUACAAGUACACAGACUGCGAGGGAAACACGGUAUCUUUGACAGAGUUGAAUGGAGUGCCCUUUAACAGAUUAUUUGCAGGUCUGCAGGAAACUGUAGAAAAUCCUGAUCACUUUGAAGCAAGAGAGGAUGACAUAUGGGUGGUUAACUGGCCCAAAUCGGGAACUCACUGGUUGUGGGAGAUUAUCAUGAUGCUGACAAGUGACAAACCUCAACUCUCUUCUCGCGUUAAGGAAGAAUGCAUGUUUGAAUUGCGACCCGGCCACGCCCUUGAAACCAUGCCCUCGCCGCGCGUUCUCAACACCCAUGUGCCACAUCAGUUUUUUCCCAAACAAGCCUUGGCUAAAUCUAAAGUGCUGUACAGCGUCCGACAUCCCAAAGAUGCUGCCAUAUCUAUGUAUUAUCACACGCGGAACAUAGAAGAUUAUUCGUAUUUAGGAACUUGGAACGGAUUUUUCUCGUUGUUUAUGGAAAACAAAGUUGAUUGUGGAAGUUGGUUUGAUCACGUCGAGAAAUGGUUGGAAGUUGUUGAAAACCACUCCAAUGUGCAAAUUGUCAAGUUUGAGGAUUUGAAAGAGGAUUUGACCGGGGAGAUAAAACGUGUAGCAGAAUUUAUCGGGUAUCCAAAGUCAGAUGAGUUUUACGCCGAGGUUGCGAAGCAAUGCUCCUUUGAGAAUAUGAAAAAGCACAAAACCGAGUUGUUGUCAGGAUGGCGACCUGAAAGCGAUGGAAUGUAUAGGAAAGGAAAAGUAGGUGGCUGGAGAGGAGUAUUUACCGUGCACCAAAAUGAAACUUUCAACUCCGAGUAUGAAAAGCGUGCUAAAAACUUUAAAAUUGAUUUGGGGUACACAGAUUAAACGAAUGCCGUCAUUUGUGAGAAGUAUUUAAAAAUUUAUCGAGAAGAUCAGGUGUGACAGGGAUGGUAGUCUGUUCCCUAUUAAUUUGUACAGGUGACAUUCGUCCCAUAUAGCCUACUAACCCCGAUACUCUGACUAACCCUAACCUGUACUAAUCACAUUAACCCCCAACUUCCAUUCCUAGGACUGCCAUUUCUGUUAUGAAGAAGUCCAUAAACCUGAUGUCUCAACUAUCUACGUGAUAAUCCAUGACUGAAC